CUUCUCUUCAACACCCCUCACUCCUGGGACCUAAUCACCACAACACACCGGAUACCCCAACGCAACCUCCAACAUGGUUCUCGCAAAGUCGAAGAAGAGCGUCGGGCUGGGCAACAGCCUGAUGAACGACAGGUUCGGGAAGGGGAAGGGUACGGACAUGCGACGGGGGAACUUCUCGGGUGGCAUUGAGAGGACCGGGCAAAAUGGAGAGAGGUACAUCACAAACCCGACGAAAGAGGCAUCGUGGGUGAAGAUGCGCUCCGUGACAGAGCAAGCCGCUCUCGACGAGUUUCUUUCGACUGCCGAACUCGCCGGGACCGAUUUCACCGCCGAAAAGAUGAACAACGUCAAAAUCAUCCACCAGGACCAGAAGAAUCCGUAUUUGCUAUCAGCCACGGAGGAGCGCGCCGCCGUCCGCAAACAUCGAGAGAACAAGAAGCGGUUGACCGUGCCAAGGCGGCCACCCUGGGAUGAGAAGACUACAGCACAAGAGCUGGACGUGCGGGAGAAAGAAGCACUGCUUCAGUGGAGGAGAGGGCUGGCAGAGCUGCAAGAGAAUAACGACCUGCUUAUGACCCCGUUCGAGCGAAAUCUCGAGGUUUGGAGGCAGUUGUGGCGGGUAAUCGAGAGGUCAGAUCUCGUGGUGCAGAUCGUGGACGCACGAAAUCCUCUCCUCUUCCGAUGUGAGGACCUGGAAGCGUACGUAAAAGAGGUGGAUCCGAAGAAGAACAACUUGCUUCUGGUGAACAAGGCGGACAUGAUGACCCUAGAGCAGAGGCAGGCUUGGGCAGAUUAUUUUGCUCAGGCAGGCAUCAACUACAAGUUUUUCUCCGCCGAGCUAGCGAAGGAGAUGAACGAAGCUCGAGCGCUGGAAGAGGGCGAUGAGUCCGAUGAGUCCGAUAACUACAUUGACGAAGACGACGUUGAGGAAGGGAUCGAUGCUGAGGGAGACGAGCUAGCAAAGGAGGCCAAAAAGAUCGAUAUUCAGGACAAGCAAGCGGAAAAUGAGGAAUGGCUUGAUGAGGAGACAGUAGACGCUCCAGGCGAGGGUGUGCCGUUAUCAGACGACGAGGAGCGAAUCCGGAUAUUGACCACCGACGAGCUUGAAGCUCUCUUCCUUGAGCAUUCCCCAGACGUAGACACUGGACCGGAUGGAGAGCCCCGAAAAACGCAGAUUGGCCUUGUAGGCUAUCCUAACGUUGGUAAAUCUUCUACAAUCAAUGCCCUCAUCGGUGCAAAGAAAGUCUCCGUCUCUGCAACACCCGGCAAGACUAAGCACUUCCAAACAAUCCAUCUCAGCGACCAAGUCAUCCUUUGCGACUGCCCUGGUCUCGUAUUCCCCAACUUUGCAACCACGAAAGCUGAGCUCGUGUGCUCCGGCAUCCUUCCCAUCGAUCAGCUACGCGAGUACACUGGACCCGUUGGAUUAGUCGCACAACGAAUACCGCAGCCCUUCCUAGAAGCUAUCUACGGCAUGAAGAUCCAAAUCCGACAUCCGGAGGAAGGCGGAACUGGGAUUCCGACGGCUGAAGAAUUACUACGCGCUUAUGCGAUAGCCAGAGGCUUUGCGACGCAGGGCAUGGGGCAACCGGAUGAAUCGCGAGCAGCCCGAUACGUCUUGAAGGACUACGUCAAGGGUAAACUCCUCUUCUGCCACCCUCCGCCUGUGGACCCGCCCCUCGACCCCAAACACUUCAACCGUGAGCUCUACGACGUCAACCACCUCCCCGCAAAGCGGCGCACACAUCUCGCUUCACUUGCCGGCAACUCCUCGCUUGCGGGCACCGAAGACGCAUCCCUGAUGGAGGCAGACCUAGACAUGGUACCCAUGCCUGCUCAAUCAGAGAAGUCGUCCAGGAUGGAUAAGAAGUUCUUCGGCCCUGGACAAGGGCAUGCGCAUGUAAGUAUGCCUUUCCACUACCAGUACACUCAACAAGGAAAGGAAUUGAGUGGGAGGAAAUUGAAGACUAUGACGGCGUUGGAGAAGGACGUGGACCCGAGUGAGCUGCGGUUGAACGGCAAGAAACACUUCAAGAGCAAUAAGAGGAAAGCGAAGGGCAAGAGAGCGGAAUACGAUUGAGCGGUCGAUGACGUAUGUUUGAAUCGCGCAAUUAUAGGGUGGUUAUGUCUGUGAACACUCCCAUUUCGCAUGCAUGGUUGGUGUUACGGUUUUUGGAAAAUUGGUGGGCACUUUCUGAAGCUAUGCCGCAUAGUGCGGCUACAAUAAUGGAAAUCAAUUGUGUUUCUCCUCGCCCUCUUCGCGCUGAUUCUCGUCGCCGCGAUUUCAGCACGAGCACCACCAACACGAUCCGGGACGGGCCGACCCAAUAGCUACCCACCACGUCGGAAUGCAGUUGUCGUAUCUCGCCAUCUCAUCUCGUGAUGUCCUGCAUUCCUCGCCUACGACCGCCCACAUGGAUGCAGUGUGAAAGGAAUGUUAUGCGUGUGCUCUAGUGCAGGAGGAAGUUUCAUAGGUGUGCUGGUCUGC